UCCGGGUUUAGAAUUCAGCAUGUUUUAAAAAGUUUGGCACUGGAAAUGGCAGAUACAUUAACACUCCAGAGGCUGUUCAUAGGGGGUCUGUAUCCGGAUAUAACUUCAUCACAGCUCGAGGCUCGCUUCAAGAUGUUCGGAGACAUCAAGUCAGUCAGCAUACAGAGCAAGAAAGGAGAGACUCCUGACCAAAACAAGACAUUUGCAUACAUCAAUCUGAAGACAACUGACGGGAAUAUUAAGAAAUGUAUGAGCUCUUACAACAACACUAAAUGGAAGGGUAAUGUUAUGAAGAUACAGAUUGCCAAGGAAAACUUUCUAGACAGACUUAAACAAGAGAGAGAAGAAAACAACAAGGUGUUGAAGGAGCCUCUGGAAAAGACCCCUGAUUCUGACUUCAAAAUCAAAGAUUUCACUGUAAAAGGUGCUAAACCUGGGACCCCUACUGAUCAAGAGCACUGGGUCAUUGGAAAAUAUGGCAGAGUACUCCCUGUAUUAGAACUCAAACGUAGAGACAGGAAAAAAGUUGUUGAAAUUGACCCAUCAAAGUUAUGUCAUGCUAUUAAACAGUUCAAAGAAGAAGAUAUAGAACAGGGAGGGGUGUCAGAAAUGACCUGGCAGCUAGAAGACAAAGACUCACCAAUGACAAAAAAGAGGAAAGGAGAAUUCCCCAAAAUAAAAAAACAGAAGAAAAGAAAAAAUCAAGUUGUGGUUGAUGCCCAGAAGACUCCUGAGUCGAACAAUUUGUCCAGCACUCCAUCAGAAAAAAUAACAACUAAAGUAACUGCAACAUCAUCUGGUCUGAACAGUUUGACAAAUCUGAAAAAUAUAAAAACAAAACAACUAGUUGAGACUGAAAUCGUGCCUCGGCUUAGUGAAUUUGAGAUUGUUUCACUUCAAGAGGAUUUAGAUAAAACUGCUAAGAAAAAUGUAGUUGAGCAGGUAGGGAAACAAAAGAAAGGAAGAAAUUCUGAGAGGGAUUCAACGGGAUCAGCAGAUACAGAUCAGGUCAUAUUAAAAAUGAAGAAAAAGACGAGAAAAAGGUCAGAUAGCACAAGUAGUUUGACAAUACCAGUAGGAGGGCCUCAACCAGCAAAGAAAAAGGUUAAAACGCAAAAUGAAAAAAAUACAAUCAAAUCAUCGGAGAAACAAAGUCAACAGACUAAUUUAAAUAUUUUAAAGUGGAACACAGUUGAUGAAUUCAAGAGUGGCAUAGUGGAUGAUGUACCUCAUCAGAGAAGAACUUGGCAACCAAGGACUUAUAACAGCGACAGUGAGGAUGAUUUUGAAAAGAUUAUCAAAGGAAAAAUUAAGAUUGAGGACAUUGAAAAUAAAAUGAGAAAGACUGUUCGGGAGGAUGAUAGCACUAAUGAUAAUGAAUCUUCAAAAUUGAAAUCUGAAAAUGAAAUUGAAUAUCACUCCAGCUCAGAAUCAGAGCAAGAUAAUACAGAACGCAACAAUGAAUCUAAUCUUAAAAUAGGAAAUAAAUCAAGAGCUCAUAAAAAAUCAACAAAUGAAAUUGUUAAACCAGCUGAUCAAGAAAACCUCACUAAGUCAUCUGAUGAAGACACUCCUCUAAGUGAGGAAUCUAUAGGUGAAAAUGCUUCAUCUGCUAGUGGCUCAGAUGAGGCAAAUGUCAAUGACAAUUCAGGAAAUCUUAAAACAGAAAGUGCAAUGGAGGAAAGUGAACCUCCCAAUGAAGAUGAAAUAAGUGUUGAUUCAAAUGUUGAAGAUGAAUCAAGUGUUGAUUCAAACAGUUCAGGCAAUGAAUCAGAUGAGGAGUUCGAAGAGUCGGAUGAUGAAUCUAAUGACUCUGCAAGUGAAUUAGUUUCUGAAUCAGAAAAUGACUCUGGUGAAUCUGAAGAAGAAUCAAGUGAAUCUGAUAAUGAAAAUUCACAACCCAUAAAAACUGAAACACCUCAAAUGAAAACAAAAAAAGUUCAUGAAAAUCUUGCGUCAAAUAAGGUUAUUACUCAGUUGGAAGAAGAAGACAGUGGGUCUGAUUUUGAAAUGUUUGAAACUGCAGCUAUGACAACCAGUAAAAAGAAAAUGUCCACUGAAAAAAUGAAAGAAUUUGUUAGAAAUAGGAAAGAAUGUGAAAAAUUAGAGUCCUCAUCUGAUGAUUCAGAUUCUGAGGUGGAGAUGAAAAACGAAAUUAAACCUGAAGUAGCGACCGAAGGAAUGAGAAAAGAAUCCAAAAUAGAAACUAAACCUAAAAUAGAAACCGAAUUAAUGAAAAUAGAGAGCAAAUCUGAAGCUAACAUUAAGACUGUUGACGGUAGUAAAACCAAGGUGCCCAAAAUCACAACCAAUCAGACUGCUGAGGAGAAGCAUGCAUUAGCCAAUCAGAAGAGACUUGAUGCUCUGAAGCAGAAACAUAAGGAGAUGAAAGAACAGCAAUCUGCCAUGAAAAUUGCUUUGACUUCACUUGACAAGCAGACCAGUAAAGCGCAGCACACGAAGUUUGACUCCGAUGACGAUGAUGAUGAUGAUGUCACUGUUCAAGCAACGGCUGUGAAAGAAGCUGAUUCUGGAAAAUCACUGGAUGAUCCAAAUGUGGUGAAACCUAAGAGUAAGUUAUCCAAGGAGAAAAAGUCCUUAUUUGAUAGUGACAGCGAAUCAGACUCAAGUGAUAAAGAGGAUGCUGAGAUGUUUAAGAUUCGUCCUGAAUAUGAAGGGGAGGCAGGGAAGAAGCUGAUCAAGUUACAGUCGAGAUUUGGAAAUGACAGUCGUUUCAAAUUGGAUGAAAGAUUCAUUGAGAGCGAUGAGGACGGAGAUGAAGGCAAACUACAAGAUGUCGCCAUGGAGACACAUGAUGACAACAUUGAUGGUAAGAGUGAGAAAGAGAGGGCACUAGAAAUACUCAGUAGUGUUGUCGGCCAUGUGAAAGUGGACAGAAAUACCAAGUCUUCUCUAAGUAGUUUCUCAGCACCAAGAUUUGACCCUACCAAAGAAGAGCAUCAGAAGUUUGAGAUAAAGAGAGAUGUUACAACCUCAAAAUCUAAAGCAGCUAGGGCCAAGGACAAAGCAGCUCUAGAAGCAGCCACUGAACCAGAAGAAGAAGAAACCCUUCCUGAGGUAUCCACUGAAAAGUACUUUGAGGUGCAAGACAAUUUGAAGGAAUCCAUCCAGCAGGGACAAAACACACCAUUCAGUUUCCUUUCAGCAUUUUCGUCUGGAGGGGAUGCGGGUGAUAAAGAUGAUGAAGGAAAUGUUACGGCGGCGAGUGAUUCCCUUAUGAAGGAUUCAUCCAGUACAGCAGAAGUUGAAUCAAGACAGAGUGGUACAACAGCAUCCACUAUGUUACCAUGGCAAUCUAACCCAUUCUCCUAUGAUAGCAGCAGUGAUGAAGAUGAAGAUGAUGCAACAUCUGCAAAUAAAGUAGGUGACGAGCAGGAAACCAAGACAGAAUCCAAAACAACAACAAUGACAACCACUUUCUUUUAUUUUGAAAAUGACGAGCGACUCCAAGAUUGCCACUCCUACUUUCAUCCUGUUGAAGACAAGGAUGCAUUAAAGGAGAACUGGUUGGAGAAACGCCCAGACAGAGUAGAGGCAUACAGGACCCGCCACAAGAGGGCAGUAAGACAGGUGAGAGUGACGCGGGGUCGAGAGAAUCAACGAGGACGUGGUAGAGGACGAGGGAGAGGAACACCAUCCAGGAGGAGCUUCUAGAAACGAGGUCUAGAGCAUUAGCAUUUACGUGGCAGCACUUCUUUAAGACAAUUGGCUAAUCCAAAUGAGUUGGACAUCAAGAUAUUUUUCUAAAUUCUUCGAAAAUCAUUUUUUAUUGAUAAAGAAGUACUAUAAAUAAACUACUGACAAUUCAGAUUGUGAAUUUUGAAUAAUGAAUGGACAGCAUUUCAAUUUAUCCUAAUGUGAUGCAUAAAGAAUUGUAUUGAAUUGGAAUAGAAUUGAAUAUUAAUGGAUGUAACAAAUAAGAUCACCUAAACAGACUUACAGGUUAAGUUACGUGUGAUCCAGCUGUAUAAAUAUAAAAAAUAAAAUACUAAUAAAUAGUAGAAUCUAAAUUAGCUUUUUUGAUUUUAAUCGUCACUAUCAAUAGAUAA